UUGACAAUAUGCACAGAAUGAUUAUAUGUGGUUGAUUUAGGAUUCAGACCUCGGUUGGAUUUCAAGGCUAUUCCGUGAGUUAUUCGCAGCAGUGUGCACAGCCUGAGAGGAAGUUGUUCUUGUGAGACUAGACUCAGGGCUGAACUGUCCCAAGAACCUAAAGUCAGGAAGUGCUGUUGUGUGUCACGAAAGUUUUAGCAAAGGCUGCGGAAAUUUUCUUUUACUGUAUAGCCCUGUCGACUUUCUCUUUGGAUAUCUUAAGCGUUCCAGCACUAUUACAGCCGCCAGCAGGGAGAAGCCUCCACAUCUCACACAUCCAGCAUCCUCCUCAUCACUGCAGCCAGCGACCGCUGUCCUGCUAUGCCACUGUUCCGGGCCUUGGGUGAAGGUCGUCAGUCGAAGCCCCGGGCCAGGUGGACAAGGGUGAAGAAGUGGAUGGGGAGCUGCAGGAAGACAGAUGAAGAUGGCUCUAUCCCUUCGUUGACACGGCUGUGUCUGCUUAGCCUUGCUGACAACAUGAAGGAAGUGUGGGUGAAAGACUAUGCUGACAACUACCUGGAUCAGUAUUCCUUCAGGCACAUAAUGGGGCCUUUCAGCUUACUGCCAGGUAGGCUGGUCGAGGAGCUCACUGGGAUGCUGUGCACCAGAAAGCAAUUGUCCCGGGCGGCCCUCCACCUCCUGCUGGUCCCCCAGCUCCGUGGCCUGUCUCUGGACAGGUGUCCUGGUCUGGUCACAUCCGCCCUCUGUGGCCAUAUUGCUGCACGUUGCCAGGGUCUGUGGAGUCUGGAUCUAUCUGGAGCCCAGCAGCUGCCUUCAAAAGUCCUAUCUCAAACUAUCUGCUGUCUACCUGCCCUCCGCUCGCUCUCACUGGCUGGUAUGCAUUGUGACGGAUGUGUGAUCAGGACGAUUGCCCAACGCUGCUGUUUCCUGCGCCAUUUAGAUGUAUCCCGCUGUCAUUUCCUUUCCCCUGCUGCACUACUUCCUCUUGGAGGUGGGGAUUUCUGUUCAUCCUCUGCUAGCUCUUCUUUUUGCUGCACCUCUACAUCUCAGUCUCCUAUUUCCUCUUUCUCCUCUGACCCCUCCUCCUCCUUUUCUGCUCCCCUGUCUCCUCUCCCCCUCCGCAGUCUACUAGCUCUGGAUAUUGGGUUUGGGGAACAAGAGGGAGACCGUGUGGCGGCAGCAGCCUACCUACUCCUCUCCCUGCCUGACCUGGAGAGAGUGGCCAUGGAGGGCCUUACGCAGGCCUGCUGUCUCAUUGAGCACAGAAAGUUUAGCCAGACAGACGAGUUCACUGAGAGAGAAGGAAUACCAAGGUUGAAUCAGGUGUGGAGGGAGUGGAGACACAGGCAGAGCAUGGAUAGGAGGAAGAGAGAAGGAGCAGCAGCAGUGGAUGAGGAACAUGAGGAUGAAGAGGAGGAGGAGGAGGAGGGGGAGGAGGAGGAGAGGAUAUUGUGGGAAGGGUAUGAUGGUGAGAGUGAGGAAGAUUCAAGUAGAGAUGAAGGGCUCAGUGUGUCUCUGAACCAAGCAGAGAAAAAAAGGGGAGGGGGAGUUUUGUCACAGUCAAGUGAUGGACACCUGAUCCUGCGUCUAAAGGACGUCAAUGGCUUAACCUGUGACUUCCUGGACAGUGUAGGCCGUUUAUGUCCAGACAUCUACUCCAUAUCUGUGAAAGUUGAUGAUGAUGAUGAAGAUACUAGAGGAAGACGCCAGGGGUCCAUGUUGGCUGCGGGCCUCCAGACCUGGUCAGGCCAGCUACAGAGCCUUUCAGUACAUUUCCUAGGCCCACUGGUAGAUCUCCUUCCUGCCUUGCAAGUUACAGGCUCAUCCCUAGUUUCUCUCACCCUUGAGGGUGUGAAAACCAGCCCUCACACCCCUCUACUGGAGGUCAUCAAAGCCUGUCCCAGACUCAGAGAUCUGCUCAUCGCUGCUGAGCAUCCCACCAUACAAGAGGAAGAAGAAGAAGACCAGGUGGAUGUGCAGGAUAAUCAGGAUCUUCCACGGCUGCCUAAUCUCCGCUCUCUCACACUCCAUUUCUCUGACGAUCACAGCCAAAUGAUGCCUUUCAUGUUGUGGAUGUCCCUGAGGAAGGAGCUCAAGUGUCUGUUGACUGGUUCUCUAUUGCUGGAGAAGCUCUCACUGGUCUCCCUGCCGUGCCCUCUGAACUGCGUUUUACAGGAUGUACUGCGUGUAGGGAUCCAGCACAGGUAUCUCUCUGCGGGUUCCACAGAUUUACCUCCCAUGCCACUUGAACAAGUACAGCACAUUGACCUGCAGCGGACAGAUGUGGAGAUGACAACAGUGAAAAACAUAAUGCUUAGGAGCAGGAGACUCAAGUUUGUUGAUUUGAGUCACUGCUGGCAAAUCAGGUAUUCUGAGUGGUUGAACUGUAAGACAUUCAGAGAAGUUAAAGUUGUCUGGGUGUAGUGAAGAGAUGGCCAGCUUCCAAUACAGGAGUAACACCGCUGGAGGAGGAUGAACAAUGCAUCAAAGUAUUCAAGUAAAAACACAGUGCACACUUUAUACAGUGUCAAUUGCAGUAGUAUCUAAGCUUGCAUGACUAUAAUUCUAUAACAUUUGUUAUUUUUUUCUAACACAGACACAGAUUGAUUUUUCAGACUGUUUUUGUGCUGACAAAUUGCACUAUGCCUUUAAUUCUUGUAUCAUAUCAAAACACGUUGGACUUAUUCCUAUAGUGCCUGGGAUGAAUUGCAAUAGUUUUGUAUCAUCUUUUUUUUUUAAUCUUUUGACUGUCAUGUUCUUCUAAGGUAAUGGUACAUUAAACAGACAACAUGCAACGUAUGCAUGUGAAACCCCA